AAAAAUAUCACAUAUUGAUAGUGUUUCAAUAAAAAGAUUGACAUUAAUCAACAGUUGUAAUAUUUGAAAUAUUUUCUCAUUACAUUUCAAACAAAAAAACAUUGAUAUUUUACAUAUAUACAAAAACUUUACCUAACCUAUAAUCAGACAAAAUUGUAAGACUAAUAUCUUCAUUUAAAAUUUGUACAACAUAAUUUAUCAUAAUAUAAGAAAUUUCUCAAUUGUCAAGCAAAUUGAAUUUUGUAUUAGAAUCAAAUGAUAUUAAUAAGAAGUCCCUUAUUAUUGUCCUAGUAUUAUUUUAAUAUACAUAAGAAUAUAUAAAGUUAUUUAUUGAAAUAAUGCAAUAUAAUAAUAACAGUAUUAACUUAUUUAUAAAUAGUAUAUAUGUUGUUGUGGAUUUAACUUUUGUUUAACAUAUCUCAAUUAUCAAUAGCAUAUUAUCAUAUACUUAAUAAUUAUUUAUAGUAUUGUUUACGGUAUAGUAACUAUGAUUAUACUCCAUUGUAUUCGUUAUAAUUAUCGACGAAUUCGUAAACAUACUUCUAAUAAUUGACUUCGUAAAAUUCUUCUGAAUCAUACCGCGAAUGAAUAUAUAAUAAUUAUUAACUCAUUAAUUUUACUUAAUUAAUUAAUUAAUUCUAUCAUAGAAAUUGACGUUUUACAUUUGAUACAACAAAAUUUAUGUUAUUUUUUUAUUUUCUUUUUUAAAAGAUCAUGUUUCUUUCUUAUAAGAAUAUCCUUAUACUCAUGUAAAAUGCUAUAUUAUAAAUUUAUAUGUUGAAAUUUUUUUCUAAUCAUUGCUCUUUGAUUAUGCAUGUAGAGAGUUAAGGUUAUCCAUUACACUUUUCGUUCGAAGCGUGUGCGACUACAGCGACAGGUGCGGACAAAAUGUUAACUACAAGCGACAGGUGUGAACAAAAUGUCAACUAUAUAAGAUAUAGUUUUGGACAAAAUAAUAUUAUUACGUUGUCUUUCAUAGUGAUCACGGACAAAUGUAUUAGAAAAUAAUAUAUAUAAUUGACAGAUAUAAUAAUUAAUAUAUAAAUAGACGACAAAAAUGACAUAAUUUCGUCGAAUGUUCCGUCUAAAUUAAUCAGUGAAUACUUAUAUUUAUUAUAUUAUUUCAAUAUAAAUGAUAAUAUAAUUAUUUCAUUUAAUAUAAACUAACAAUAAUAAUAAUAGUGAUCUUCAAGUAUAAAGCUCAAAUAAAAGUUCAUUUUUGAUAGUUUUGAUAAACGUCGUCUUUCAAUUAUUCAAAAUUCAUCCGUCUUUUGACUCGAACGUGAAAUUAAAUACGAGAGCUUCCGGUUUUUCAAUUUCAAAUUUUAUUCCUUCGACGAAGUUAGCAGCGAUAGAUAUUAGCAACUAUUAGUAACGUCAACAAUGUUCGAUUUUGUUUAUCUCGUUGUGUAAAAUAAAUUGUUUCGAAUUAAUUAGAUCGAUAAGAUAUUCCUUUGAAAAAAAUUGUUUGUCCUAUUACCGAUUUUUUUUCUUUUUCAUUAAAAAGACGAUCCUUAAAAUUGAAACUCAUUAAUUAUUCUUCCAUGGCUGGAGAAUUGCAGAAACAUGGAGUUAUUCCCGAUGUUAUUGAUAAAGUACCAGCAGCCGUAUUGGAAGUGGUCUAUCCCAAUAAUGUCGUCGUUGAAAUUGGUAAAGUUUUAACACCCACACAAGUUAAGGAUCAACCUAUGGUCAAGUGGACUGGCGAUUCCGACACUUUUUAUACUCUUUGUAUGACAGAUCCCGAUGUACCAAGUAGAAAGGAUCCCAAAUUGCGAGAAUUGCAUCAUUGGUUAAUUGGUAAUAUACCUGGUAACGACAUUAGCAAAGGUGAAAUUCUCUCCGAAUAUAUUGGCUCUGGUCCACCAAAAGGAACUGGUCUUCAUCGUUUUGUUUUCCUUCUAUAUAAGCAACCCAAAAAAUUAACUUUCGAUGAGAAACGUUUAACAAAUAAAAGCAACGAACACCGUGGACAAUUUUCUAUUAAGAAAUUCGCAAAAAAAUACAACCUUGGCGAUCCUAUUGCUGGGAACAUGUAUCAAGCUGAAUACGAUGAUUAUGUGCCAAUUUUGCAUAAGCAACUUGGUGGUUCUAUCUUCUAAUAAAUAAAUAUCAAUAAGAAACUAUUAAAAAAAAAAAAAAAAAAGGAAAAAAAAAGAACUAAAAAAAGAAA